UGUGCGUGGUUUUCUUUUGUCCCUCUCUCUCUCUCGCUCUCUCUCUCUCUCUAUCUAUCUGUCGUCUUCCAUAAACAGCACACAACAACAAGCUUUGCUUCUCGACCGUUGUCUCAAUCUCCUCUGGUUUUGAUUCAUCUCAAAAUCUCUUUGCAGCUUGAAGGAUUUGGCGAAGAACGAUGUAUUUGACGGAACGAAGCGAAAUCUAGGGAUUGUGGAGUUGAGUUGGCUUGCGAUCUCUUGCUUUUUUGUGUGUGUAUGUGUAUGUAAUAUAGGCCGGGCCUGAGGCUCGGGAUUUGAACUAUAUGGAGUCAGCUAAGGAGCGACAGGGUUGGAUCGAAGAGGAAUCCAAAACGAACGGUCCUUUUUUGCAGAAGUUCAGGCUCUAUGAGACUCGCGCGAACUUUUAUAUGAUUGGAUGGGAUAAGAGCAGAAAUAUUUGGAGGGUCUUGAAGCUUGAUAGAUUAGAGCCUUGUGAGCUAAACAUACUUGAAGAUUCUACAGCAUACUCUGAAAUUGAAUGCUGUGAUCUGCUAAGACGAAUACAUGAAGGAAACAAGUCGACGGGUGGCCUUAAAUUUGUCACCACUUGUUACGGAAUUGUUGGGUUCGUAAAAUUCUUGGGACCUUAUUACAUGCUGCUUAUAACAAAAAGACGGAAGAUUGGCACAAUCUGUGGGCAUGCUGUAUAUGCCAUUAGCAAGAGCGAGAUGAUUCCAGUUCCGAAUUCUACUGUGCAAUCCAAUAUGGAUUAUUCUAAGAAUGAGAACAGAUACAAGAAACUCCUAUGCUCAGUGGAUCUUACAAAGGACUUCUUUUUUAGCUACUCCUAUCAUGUCAUGCAUAGUCUACAGAAGAACUUAUCUAAUCGUGAGACAGGACAAAUCCUUUAUGAAACAAUGUUUGUCUGGAACGACUUCUUAACUCGUGGAAUCCACAAUCACCUCAAGAAUACUCUGUGGACUGUUGCAUUGGUAUAUGGCUUCUUUAAACAGGUCAAACUUUCAGUAUCUGAAAGGGACUUAAAGUUGACCCUCAUUGCUAGGCGAUCACGUCAUUAUGCUGGCACCAGAUAUCUGAAACGAGGUGUAAACAAGAAGGGCCGAGUAGCUAAUGAUGUUGAGACGGAACAGAUUUUGUUUGAAGAAGUUCCUGAAGGAUGCCCGAUGCAAAUAAGUUCCGUAGUGCAGAACAGGGGUUCAAUACCCCUUUUCUGGUCACAAGAAACUUCAAGAUUGAAUAUUAAGCCAGACAUCAUAUUAUCAAAGGAGGACAAUAAUUAUCAAGCCACUAGACUUCACUUUGAGAAUCUUGUCAAGCGAUAUGAAAAUCCAAUUAUUAUAUUGAAUUUGAUAAAGACCCGUGAGAAGAAGCCCAGAGAAUCUAUUCUGCGUGCUGAGUUUGCCAAGGCUAUUGCUUUCAUUAAUAAAGAUUUAACGGAGGAGAAUCGCUUGAAGUUCCUUCACUGGGACCUGAACAAAUACUCUAAAAGCAAAGCAACAGAUGUGCUGUCGCUUUUAGGCAAAGUGGCUGCAUAUGCAUUGAACUUAACUGGCUUCUUCUAUUGUCAAGUAGCACCAACUUCAGGCACCCAGGGAUUGUUAAAUUGGUCAUAUUUUGAGAACAAUGAUAAUAGUGAUUGCUAUGUACAGAACUUUUGUGAUGAUACUAAAAAGGAUGCUGACAAGGAAACAAGAGAUAAUAGUAGUAGCAUUGAUGCAGGUGGAAAUCACUAUGGCAAACUCCCGAAGUUUCAAAAAGGGGUCCUAAGGACCAAUUGCAUAGACUGUUUAGAUCGCACAAAUGUUGCGCAAUAUGCUUAUGGGUUGGUUGCUCUUGGGCAUCAGCUGUAUGAGUUAGGACUUGUAGACGAGCCAAAUAUGGACAUGGAUUCCCCUUUGCCAGAUGAUUUAAUGAGGGUCUAUGAGACAAUGGGCGACACACUUGCACUACAAUAUGGUGGAUCUGCAGCACACAAUAAGAUAUUCUCCCGUAGAAGAGGUCAGUGGAAAGCAGCAACUCAGUCCCAGGAAUUCUUUAGAACUUUACAGCGGUACUACAGUAAUGCUUAUAUGGAUGCUGAAAAGCAAGAUGCAAUCAAUGUCUUCUUAGGACAUUUCCGGCCGCAACAGGGUAAACCUGCUCUUUGGGAAAUGGAUUCAGAUCAGCAUUACAAUAUUGGAAGGCAUGGUUCUGCCGAUGAAAAUGCAAGGACAUUUUUAAAGAGAUCAUUAUCAGACGGCAACAUUCUAUGUGAAAGCAACUCACCCAUUGAAGCCACUGAUGUUGGACAGAAUGAAUAUCACAAUCAGCCUUUGCCUUAUAAGACACAAGGUCUUUCAGAGUCAACUCCAGAAAUCUCAACUUGUGAAAGUGAAUUAUCCUAUUCAAGGUAUACCCCCUCCAUGUCUAGUACGCACCUUUUUGCAGAUAUGCAGCAGAACCAAUAUCUGGAAAAUGAUCAUGUUUGUUUGGAUGGACAUCGAGAUUCAUUCCACUGCUCAAAUUUUUUGGACGUGGAUUGGCUUUCAUCAUCUGGAAAUUCAUGUGAAGAAGAAACUUACGAAAGAUCUAUGCUCAUAAGCUCUCCUAUUACCGAUAUGUCAUCAGGUAGUGUUGUUGCUGGACUUAAAAUGGAGUCAGGUGCUUCUGCUAGUACAUCUGGGUCCAGCAUGAAGACUCUCCCAGAAUUUUCUGAAAGCUUCAUGCUCUGGGUUAGCUAUGGCGAGAUGCUGUCCCAUUGAAGUUUUGCUGCAGUUUUAUUAUCAAAAUUAAAUAUUUUCUUGCCAGCGUAAUUUGAUUCAAUCUUACCCAUCCGAAGGAUGUGGAUUUCUCAACAGUAAAUAUAUUGCAGGAGAUCAACACUCAGAAUGAGAAAAAUAAAAUAUUACUAAAUAAAGAAGAAGAAGAAGAAGAAGAAGAAGGAGACGAAAUAGGAUUAGCUUGGAAAAUAGAUUCUUCUGGACAAGUGAAAUUCAGAUCUUGUAAAUUUGCAGCAGUUGUCCCGAUCAUGAACUGAGAACAACGUAGGAAGUAGUAGUACAUUUGAGUAACCAAAACAAACUAAUUGUUUGUUGGCAGUGCCUCUCAGUUCCUCUUUCCCCGGUCUCUUUAAACUCAGAAGUUUUCCAACUUUGUAAAUAUAUUAGAAGUGUGUUCUGAUAGUUGGAGCUCCAUUUUUAUAGUUUUCUUUCAUAAACACAUUACAUUUUUUAUUUAAAUUAAAAAACCUUGUUAAUAGGGUAAUGUUUCAGUUCUA